AUGCACGGUCCCAAAGCCACACCUGCAGUCUUCAGACAUGCAUACCCUGAGUAUCUGUCAUAUGACAGCUCGCCCUUCUCUAGUCGGAAUUUGCAGCGCUGCGGCAGUGCGCGGCCACGAGCAUUUUCGUCUGUCGCCCGUCGCCGUCGCCGCAAAAGACAGGGCUGGAAUCGUCAGGAGCGAAAAACCUACUUGUGGUUGAGAAGGACUAGAGCUCGCCGUACCGAACUUUGUAGGAUUGUCCAUGCGUCAGUAGACGACACUAGCACCCGCCUAGAGCCUAGUCCUAGGGCAGCGGCGAUAUGA